AUCAUGGCGCGGAUCACACUUCACAUAUCUGCGCCGCCAUCAACCCAUACAAUACAAAGUGUAAACAAGUCAAAUUUAACGUUCCAGAAUAAAAUUUAGGCCAAUGUUUAAAGUAUUUCUUAUUACUUUUUGUUUUUUAAUUUAUGCACUUAACGUAUACUCAGGAAAUGUGAAUAAUGACUUCGCAGAGUUUGAUAACGAUCUAGAUGAUAACAUUGACGAGGAGAGGGAUAAAAGUGAGAAUGAUGUUGAGGUUGAAGUGAACGAGGAAGAACUGUCAGACCACGAACAAUCGCGCAGCCAAACUAUAGAUCCAGCUAAAGAAAAUCAAGAACCCAUAGUGGAAGAAGAACAGGAUACAACUGAGGAACAAGAUGAAUUUGAUCCAUUUACAGAUGAAGAGGAAUUUGAGGGUUACAAUAAAGAUAAAACUGUGAAAGCGAAAAUACCAAGCUCUGGUUUGAAAAUUACAAAGGUUCCUGUUCAUCUUCGAGCUGGCUGGCAAGCGUUUUACUUGGAGAUCUUAACACUUGUUGGCAUCCUGGUAUAUGCUGCAAAUUUUUUUACUGGCAAAAACAAAAAUUCAAACUUAGCAACCUCAUGGUUUAAAGCGCACAAGCCGUUGUUAGAGCAACACUUUAGCAUAGUUGGUGAUGAUGGCAUGAGCAAAGAACCGCAAAGCGGUGUUCUGGUAAAGGAGAGUGAGAGCGUGUACACACUGUGGUGUACUGGACGGCAGUACUGUGAAGGCAUGCUAGUUGAGUUAAGACUACUGAAGCGACACGAUUUAGUUAAUGUUAUCUCACAAAUGCUACGACCCAAAUCAGAAAUUGUCAAAAUCACAAUUUACAUGGAUGACGAGGAUAUGGAUAAUUUUGUGUUUGCACUGUUGCCGAAAAAGCAGGCUUCGAAGUAUCAAAAAGAGUUACAGGAUUUGAGCUUUUUCUGUGGCGAGAAGAAAUCUGCAGAAAGAUUUGAUUUGCCUAACUUUGCUUUGUUGUCUGAGUCAGGCGAAGUCAACGAGUUUGUACUUAGUACUCAGAUCUGUAACAUCAUAAGGAAGUAUGAAGAUUGUUUUGAAGCGAUGCAUUUUUCGGAUCAGUUUGUGGGACCGAAAAAAGAUGAAGGGGAAGAGGAUGCGAAUGCUAAGCCGAAGAAACCCAAGAAAGUUUUGAUUUUUGAAUUUAAAAUUCCGGGUAAUGGUCGAACAAAAGCAAGCGAUAUGGGUGCCACUGAAGCGCUAGUUAAAAUGGUUUUGUUUAUGAUUGACCGCAUUAAAAGUUUUCGGCUUAGUCAGCAAGCUCGACAGAAAAGCGACAAGAAGAGACGUGAAGUUGAGCAAUCCUUUUUGAAGCAAUCGCAUGCCCAACGACAAGAGGCUGCGCAGGCGCGUCGAGAAGAGAAACUGAGGGUGGAAAAAGAAAAGUUGAUGGCCGAAGAAGAUCCAGACAAACAAAGACGUAUGGAGGACAUGAUGACAAAACGAGAUGCUAAGAGACGUGGACCGAAGGUGAAAAGUUUAAAAGUUCGGAUGUAGCACGUUUUUCUCGAUAUAAAGAAGGUUGUAAAAUUCACUUUGAAAGGAAGGUUAAGGUGACGAACUAAUGCAGUUUGAAGAUGCGGUGCGGCGUAGCCUUGAUAAUCAGAUUUUACUGUUUUUAUAUAAAUUGGAACGAAUUUAAAAAAUUGUAAUACAACAAACAAAAGAAAUUUUUUGAAAUA